AAAAACACAACACAAAAAGAGAAAACACAACACAAAAAGAAAAAACACAACACAAAAAGAGAAAACACAACAUAAAAAGAAAAAACACAACACAAAAAGAGAAAACACAGCGACAUUAACCAAAACGGAAAUGCUAGGUACCCUCGGGCGACAGGAAUCAUCGCUGAUUGGACAAAAGAACUGGUCCGUCCUUUGAACCGGAAAGACGGGGUUUGUUUCCAUUUUUCCAAAUCAUGAGCGCCACAAAUGAUGAGGUACACGCUGCUAUUAAGCAAUACUUUGAUGCCGGACAUGAAUAUGACGUGAUACUGGAUAUGCUGUCGACAUUUCACAACGUAAACAUGAGUCUGCGUACGCUGAAGACGCGUUUAAAAGAAGCAGGGCUGUACAGAAGACACAACUAUUCCCCACUCCUUGAGGUGAGGCGUGCCAUUCUGACAGAGCUGGAAGGACCAGGGGAACUCUUCGGUUAUCGGACUAUGUGGCAAGUUCUCCAACAAAAGCACAGGCUUCGCGUUAAACGUGAUGUAGUAAUGAGGCUACUGAAACAGCUGAAUCCACGAGGGACGGCUUUGAGAACACGCAGGAGGUUUACAAGACGCACAUAUCACUCCAUGGGUCCAAACUACAUAUGGCAUGUAGAUGGAUAUGAUAAACUAAAACCAUUUGGCCUGGCACUCUCAGGAUGUAUCGAUGGCUUUUCGAGAAAAAUAAUGUGGCUUGUUUGUGGACCAACGAACAAUAAUCCAUCUGUCAUUGCUCACAAUUAUAUUAAUUGUGUCAAGAGUAUCGGUGUGGUUCCAAUGAGAUUGAGAACUGACCUCGGAACAGAAAAUGGGACCAUGGCAGCAAUACAAUGUACCCUCCGUCACGCGCAUAUGGACCACUAUGCAGGCUCGUCAAGCCACAGUUACGGCUCAUCAACAUCGAAUCAGCGCAUCGAGUCAUGGUGGUCUUUUUUCAGAAGAGGGAGGUCUCAGUUUUGGAUGGACUUGUUUGGAGACCUAAGAGACUCUGGAAACUUCAAUGGCAGCCACGAACACCAGUGCUUACUGAGAUUUUGCUUCAGUAAUGUUCUGCAGCAAGACCUGGAUGAAUGUAUGGACCUAUGGAACAAGCACCGGAUCCGACCAAGCAGACAUGCAUCAUGUCCAGGAGGGAUUCCGAAUGAACUGUAUCUCUUGCCUUACAGAUUUGGUUCAAGGGACUGUGGAUUUGCUGUUGAAGACAGGGAACUGGAUGUGUUUCCUGAGGCAAGGCAAGUGAUUGAUUUAAGCGGUGAUCCAGACAUAGAGGAAUACCUACAACAGGCAGUGGAACAACAUGGACUACAACAGCCACAAGACUGGAAGACUGCCUCAGAACUGUACAUCACUCUGAAGGAAAUAGCUGGGCUAUAGAUAUGGACUAUUGGAACCCGUUUCUACCUUUUUAGGUAUCCCACAUUAACAUGGACGUAUUAAGACCAUAUUUUCCUUAUUUAGUAUUUUGCUUUAAUGCAUCUUAAUGCUUAUCAGUAAAUGACUGGUGGACUAUACACGCCUAAGUUUUGAAAAUUACUUCCCAUUCAUAAAUGUGAUCCAACAUUUACAAAUUGCUUCAAGAGAUAAAUAACAGGAUAAUAUAGGCCUACCAAAAAUGUUUGUUUUGAAUUUUCAGAUUUGGCAACUUGAACUGUGGGACUGAAAUGGAGACAUUUUACACUUAAAGUUGUAUUUAUUUUCUGAUUCAAUUUUCAUGUAAACAACAAUUACUUACAAAAAGCAUUUGUACUGAUUUCUUU